AACUGCAAUAACCUAUUAAUUAUAACAUUACAGAUAAAAUGACAUGCCGUUAUUUAUCUGAUAAUAUUGUGCUUUUGGAUCAUAAAACGUUCGUUGAUAGGAUUUAUUCAUCCUAUCAGUACUAUGAUUCUGAAAUAAAAAGUGCCUCUCUGAGAUCAGAACUCUUUGAUGUGGUGGUGCCAUAUGAUGUCAAACCAAACGAAGAUCAUACGAAAAGUGCAUUGAAAUCGAGGAAAAGGAAACGCACUGAUGCUGAUGAUUUCGAUCAAACCACACUAAAGGUUAAAGAAAGCCACACCGAGUUCCUUGAUUUGUUUGGUGAAGCAAAUAAAACGGAUGAAAUUAGUAAUAAAACAGCCCUUGAGUUCGUAGAUCAGUUUAAUCGAAAUGAUCACUAUGAUCCAGAAGCAGUGUUGAAAGGUGGCAAUAAUUCUCAGUUUGUUGUAACUACUACGGUUUCUAAUAUGCAUUAUUUCAUUCCACCAAACUGUCGGUUUUUCAAUUCGGAUGUAAGAAACCUGAGUAACCUUCUAACAUGUGACGAAAAAUUUGAUUUCAUUGUUCUUGAUCCGCCUUGGUGGAACAAAUAUAUACGACGCACAAAAGCUGCCAACAAGAAAAUGGGUUACAGUAUGCUGGAUAAUGAAUGUUUGAAGAACAUUCCGCUGGAGAAUCAUAUUCAUGACGAAACGAUCGUUGCAAUCUGGUGCACCAACUCUCCAACUCAUACGAGUGCCAUUGAGCAACAGCUGUGUACAAAAUGGAAUAUCAAACUCGUAGGCUCGUGGUAUUGGACCAAAAUUACAAAACACGGGCAGCCGGUUUGCAGUUUUAACGAAUCCACUAAAAAGCAGCCGUAUGAAAGGUUAUUCAUUGCUGUGAGUAGCAAAUACUCGGAUAAGGAUAAUAUUGCAUUGGAAAAGUAUAUCUAUAGCGUUCCUUGUGCAAUUCAUUCAAAUAAGCCACCCCUUUUAGAAUUGUUCUCUGAUUUACUUCCUGAGCGUCCAAAGUGCCUUGAACUCUUCGCUAGAAAUGUUUAUCCGAACUUUACCUCGAUUGGAACGGAAGUUUUAAAACUGCAAAAUGCUAGAUUAUUUCAUCGAUCGAAACACGAGGUAAAAUAA